AGUUUCCAGAACGUAAACUCAGUGAAGAGAAGAAUGUUAGUACAUUUAUUCUUACACAUAUACUAGUAGUAAACUAUAAGGGAGAAAAUCUACACCUGAGUGGUCCCCCUCUAUAAUUGAACUCCUCACGACGUGAUUUCAACAAAAUAAUAAAUGACGUAAUUUCGGUAAAGCCAUUGACCGAUAUCAUCACCAUGUCUGUUACAAUAUUCUUCAACAUUGCUCAAUCAGUUUCUCUGAUUUCGAUUCAGAUCCGUGAAAUGUUAUGAUGUCAAGAGAGAUCGGUGAAUUAGAUAAGAUUGUUUUGUAGUGUUUCGGUUUAUCGAAUGGCAAGAGACCUGUUAGAUUUGUUCUCCAUGAAAAACUGGAGGUGUUCUUGGUCUCUUGCCGCAACAAUUGCUUCAGUUUUGGUGUUGGUUUCUGUAGUUCAUUUGUUCUUGUUUCCGUUCACGCCUUCUUUUGAUUAUUUUAAGCUAGCUUCAAAUUCCUGUGUUUCGACUAAUGCAUCGGUGGAGUUGAUAAAUUCGCAUGGUUGGGAUGAGCCUGUGAUUGAUUUGAAGAACCGGUUCCCGGGUGACUUGCAUGGUUCGGUUCCUUAUAAGGGUGCACCGUGGAAGGCUGAGAUUGGUCAGUGGCUUGCAGGUUGUCAUUCUAUUACGAAGGAAAUCAACGUUUCUGAGAUAAUAGGUGGAAAUGACUGCAAAAAUGACUGCAGUGGUCUGGGAGUUUGUAAUCGAGAGUUGGGACAAUGUCGAUGCUUUCAUGGUUAUGCUGGGGAUGGAUGCACUGACAAACUGGAGUUAGAAUGCAACUUCCCAGGAUCACCAGUGGAGCCAUUUGGCCGAUGGGUUGUAUCAAUUUGUCCAGCCAACUGCGACAAAACAAGGGCAAUGUGCUUCUGUGGAGAAGGAACAAAAUAUCCAUCUCGGCCAUUGGCAGAGACAUGUGGGUUUCAAUUUAAUCCACCUUCUGAACCCGGUGGUCCCAAAUUAGUGAAUUGGACAAUAGUUGAUCAAGAUGUGUUCACAACUAAUGGUAGUAUACCAGGUUGGUGUAAUGUAGAUCCGGUCGGAGCAUAUGCUGGCAAGGUAAAAUUCAAAGAGGAAUGUGAUUGCAAAUAUGAUGGUCUUUGGGGACGAUUCUGCGAAGUGUCUGUUCAAUCUGUUUGCAUUAAUCAGUGCUCUGGACAUGGCCAGUGUCGUGGUGGAUUUUGUCAGGUAUAUUUUCAGUGUGACAAUGGCUGGUAUGGAGCAGAUUGCAGCACUCCAUCAGUAAUAUCUUCUAUAAGAGAGUGGCCUAGUUGGCUUCGUCCUGCUCGAGUUGACGUUCCUGACAAUAUUCAUGUCAGUGAAAAAAUAAUCAAUCUUAAUGCUGUGGUGGCAAAGAAAAGGCCUCUUAUAUAUAUUUAUGAUUUGCCCCCUGAGUACAACAGCCUACUAUUGGAGGGGCGUCAUUUCAAGUUAGAGUGUGUAAAUAGAAUUUAUGACGGCAAUAAUGCAACCCUAUGGACAGAGCACCUGUACGGAGCUCAGAUGGCAAUUUAUGAGAGUUUGUUAGCUAGUCCACAUAGAACACUAAAUGGUGAAGAAGCGGAUUUUUUCUUUGUUCCUGUCCUUGAUUCAUGCAUCAUAACUCGUUCUGACGAUGCUCCUCACUUGAGCAUGGAGAGGCAUAAGGGGUUGAGGAGCUCACUGACUUUAGAAUAUUAUAAGAGUGCAUAUUAUCACAUUGUUGAGCAAUAUCCUUAUUGGAAUCGCUCAUCAGGAAGGGAUCACAUCUGGUUCUUUUCAUGGGAUGAAGGUGCUUGUUAUGCCCCUAAGGAAAUAUGGAACAGCACGAUGUUAGUACAUUGGGGAAACACAAAUACAAAACAUAACCGUUCAACCACAGCCUACUGGGCUGAUAAAUGGGAUGAGAUUUCAACUCAUAUGAGAGGCAUUCAUCCAUGCUUUGACCCUGACAAAGAUCUCGUGCUUCCUGCUUGGAAAGUUCCUGAUGCUAAUGUGUUGGCUUCAAAAUUUUGGGCUCGGCCUCGAGAAAAGCGGAAGACACUGUUUUUCUUCAAUGGGAAUUUGGGACCAGCUUACCCUCAAGGAAGACCACAAGUCUCGUAUAGUAUGGGUAUAAGACAGAAGUUAGCAAAGGAGUUUGGAUCAAGCCCCAACAAGGAUGGAAAGCUAGGGAAACAACAUGCAGAAGAUGUCAUCGUGACUCCAGUACGUUCUGAUAACUAUCAUGCAGAUAUAGCAAGUUCUGUUUUCUGUGGAGUGCUUCCUGGUGAUGGUUGGAGUGGACGCAUGGAAGACAGUGUUUUGCAAGGAUGCAUUCCUGUGGUCAUUCAGGACGGGAUCUUCUUACCAUAUGAAAAUGUACUCAACUAUGAUAGCUUUGCCGUUCGAAUACCAGAAGAAGAAAUUCCCAACAUGAUAAAGAUUCUUCGGGGGUUCAAUGAAACAGAAAUCAAUUUGAAGUUAGCAAAUGUUCAGAAAAUCUGGCAAAGAUUCUUGUAUCGCGAUUCUAUUUUGCUUGAAGCCGAAAGACAAAAAGCUGUGUUUGGACAUGUUGAUGAUUGGGCAGUUGAAUUCUUAAAAUUGACGGAGGAUGACGUCACCACAACUUUAAUACAAGUUUUGCAUUACAAGUUACAUAAUGAUCCUUGGAGGAAACAAGUUCGCCACAACAAGAAGUUUGGAUUACCUAACCAGUGUGUGGUAAACACCAACUGAAGAGUAAAGGCAGUGAAUUACAAGGUGAAGGUCAAGUUCUUAUAAUAUGUUUUACCAUUAUCAGCGCAGUGCAGUAAAUCAUUCAACCAGAGUGAACAUACAUGAUUCUUUUUUCCCUCUCACAUAAAAUGUGUGUAUGUAAAAGUGUUUCUUGAGGGAUUUUGCUUUUGUGUCUUAGGCUGUCACACUGUCGAAUUGUAAAAUAAGUAUAGUGUGCAUCCAUUUUGAAUUACUUAAUUAGAAAUUUAAGAGAGUUUAGUAACUAUGCAAUAGCAGUGUAAACAAAUUUUAUAUACAUCUAAUCAUAUUUUGCAAUAUUUUUGCAUGUUUUUCA